AUGGGACAGCCCUACGAGCUCUGGUUCGACUACAAUCACACGGCACUGAAAUGGCAUUUUCCAGUGGGGGUGCUGUGUGACGCCUUGGUUGGCGUUGAGGUCCCAGUACCACUGGAUCUUACCGUUCACUUCCGUGGAAACUCGGUGAUGUCCGACCUGCUGCCCUUCAGUGGCAUGGCCGAUCUCCAGAGGUCCGUGAUGAAUGCCUUCAAGCAGGCAAUCUUCCUGGAAGUCGGCUCCGCGUCGCGCUUCAUGCGCCUGGAGAAGAAAGAACACAUGAUGCUCUGGGAUGCAAUCCUUCAGAGUGACAUCAAGAGCUUCUCUCAAGUGGAGGAGAAGCUAAUGUGCAGCACUCUGGCAGAGUGCAAAAGUCUGGCUGUGCGUCUGCAUAUCUGGGCGCCUGCUCACGACGACGAGGUGCUGCUGCACAAGGCACCGGCCCUCCGCGAGUCGGGUGCAGCCUUCACGUUGGCUGACUUCUUGGCCUUGGCGAUGCCGCCGCUGCUCAGCGCGGCCGGGGAUGCUCUGGCAGAGGGCGUAGAGGUGCUGACGCAGGGCCUGAUAGUUCCACUGGACACGCCUUUGUUCUGGCUGGCCCUACACGCCAGCUACCUGGACCACUUUGUGCAUUUGAUUGCCAGGGUGCCGGACAGCUUUCUGAAAGCCUAG